AUGGGAUGUGUCCAGCUAGGUUUGGGAAGAGGUGGAGGACUUGAAGGUACUGCAGACCUUGGGUUUGCUCCCAAGAGGUCAUCAGUUCAAGUUGCCUCAUGGCCACUGGAAGGCGACCAAGACGACGAGAAGAUACUUGUUUACAAGCAUGAAAGCAAUGGGAGUCUCGACAAACUUUUACAUAGCAAAGAUCUGAACUGGAUCCAGCGUCUUCGGAUUUGCUUAGACGCUGCCCAUGGGUUGAAGUACCUUCAUGAUGAUGUUGGACCUCAAUAUAGAGUCAUCCAUCGUGAUAUCAAGAGCUCAAACAUCCUAUUGGAUGAUAAUUGGAAAGCCAAGAUUUCGGAUUUUGGGUUGUCCAAAAUAGGUCCUGCAAAUGUGCCAUUUACCUUUCUUAUCUCCAAAGCUUGUGGCACAAUAGGAUAUGUUGAUCCAGAAUACGUAAAAACCGGUGUUCUCUCACAAAAAUCUGAUGUUUUUUCUUUUGGGGUUGUAUUGUUUGAAGUCUUGUGUGGAAGGCUAGCCCAUGGUGUACAGUAUCAAGAUGAAAGUCAAGUCUUGUAUAAAUUGGUCAAACAUCAUUAUGAAAAGGGCACAUUAAAAGCUAUCAUUGAUUAUAAUCUACAAAAACAGAUAGACUCAGUUUCCUUAAGUAGAUUUUCAGCAAUUGCCUACAAAUGCUUGAUGAAACGUAGAGAAGAUCGCCCAACAAUGAGUCAAAUUGUGGAACAACUACAAAAGGCUUUGAAUUACCAACUAGCAGCAGCAAGUGGAUGGCCUGGUUCUGCUCUUCAACAAGGACCUUCAACUUCCAAGGACAACAUGACACAAUCAGGAUCAACAUCCUCGUCGCCUUCUCGCUCCACUCACGUCACUGCUUCUCCAUUAUGGACUUAUGAUGUUUUUAUCAGUUUUGGAGAACCAGACGCAGACGAUACUUUUGUGGAUCAUCUAUACUUGGCUCUUCGACAAAAAGGGAUUUACUAUUACAUGGAUGACAAGACACUUGACGGGGAUGAAUCCAUCAUCACUCUUUCGCACUUCAAAGCCAUAAGAGAAUCACAGAUUGUCCUCAUCAUAUUUUCCAAGAACUAUGCCAGUUCAUCUCGGUGCUUGAAUGAACUUGCAUAUGUUAGAGGGAAACGGAAACUCGUUAUACCCAUAUACUUAAAGGUGCAGCCCAUGGAGGUCCGUGAACAAAGUGGGGAAUUCGGAGAAGCAUUUACUAUCCACAAGUCCAACAUAAGCAAAGUUGAAUCAUGGAUUAAUGCACUGAUGGAUGCAACUUCAGUUUCUGGUUUUAUUACAAGUAACGACACCAGGACGAUAGUCAUCAAAAGUAUUGUUGACACCAUUUCGCCUAGAUUGCUUCGCUCAAAGUUAAUGUCGAGUAAUAAAGCAUGUGGAAUUAUUAGAGGAAUGACUCGCAUGCAAGAUUUGGAAUCACACCUACAAGUUGGGUCUGAUGGUGUUCGCAUGGUUGGAAUAUGUGGGACUUGGGGUACUGGGAUCAAGUGAAUUAUGCGACGAUGCAUCAAGGGGAGUAUGCCACGAUGAUGCUGUUCACGAAGGACUUUCAACUUCUCUUCGUGACCAAGGACCUUCAGUUUUCGUGAUAAACGAUCUUAAACCAAGGUUAAAGCAGCUUUAUACUCUAAAAGGACACCUGGAAUCAGUGAUAGAGCUUAAGGGUCUUGAUAUCGAAAACAUUGACCAAAGCUACUCACUUUAGAGUCACCAAAAAGAUUACGCAAUUAACUAAUCAUGCAUGACUGUUUUUAAUGGAGAUCACCAUGACGAAGAAUAUGUGGGAAUAAUGUAGCAGACGAGAUCUAACUACGGCAAAGUCAAUGUAUUUUAUCUACUUCAGUCUCAUGCAUUCAAAGAAUAUACAUACUACUAUAUGUUCGAGUUACGAUUGAAUCCAAGAUAAAUAAUUGUGUAUGCAUAAAGUACAACACUUUGAACAAGAAAUGAGACCGGGAGAUGACCAUCUUUUGGAGAUCAAUUGAUCAUGUAA